GUUGUCGAAUGCCAUUUGCUUGCGUUCUAACAUGUUUGCAAAUGACGAACAUUUUCAAAUUACUAGAUGGUGAUUUCCUGAUUAAUCAACUUGAUACUUAAAACUCAAAUUGGUAUCUUGACUGAUAUAAAUCACUUAGCCUUAUGAGCAGCUACUGAAGGUAAUCGACAUAUACUAAGUCGUGUGGUCAAUUUUUAUGCCUGCACAAAGAAGUUGCAAAACCGUUGGCUCUGUGAUUGCCUUUGGAAUAAUCGAUUCAAUUCCAGUAUCUUUUGUUGUGAAUUAUGUUAGCGAGAAGCAUCAAGGUUCGGGUAGUACCGAAAAAAAAUCUUUUGAUGAAAAUAAGCUUUAGGUAGUCUUCUUUUACAAUUGCCUACAAUUUAGUAGUUGCAGUUGAACUUGCAUAAAUUAGGCACGUAUGGUUUGAGUAGACGUCGCUUGGUAUCUUAAAGAAGGAUAUAUAUAUAUAGAUAUGUAUAUAUUUAUAUGCAUUCUGCAACUGUGACUGUUUUUCAAUACAGAUAAGUUGCCGGGUACUUCUCCGUUUUUAAAAGCCAUUACUGUAUCUUUGUGUAAUGGCUUUUGGAUUAGCCAUUUAAAAAUCAAAGUUGAUGAAACAUUAUACACUGCGAUUUGCCUAUGUGAACGUGAGCUGAUUUUGUUUGCAUUGUGUUAGCAUGUGAUUCCAUAUUUGGAGUGCGAACAACCAGUUUCGUCUACCGACUUGUAUAUUAUGCCUAACUAUCUUUCAAGCCACGCCAACCAUAGCGCCUUUGACCCUGCCGGGGCCUUAAUCUUCCUAAGAUUGAAUUUGUUGCGGCUUUUAGGUAGCACCUGUGCAUAAUACUGCAUUGAAAGAGGGUAAAGAUCAACUUUUAAGAUCCAAUUAACAAGGCUUCCACCUGUAGGCCUAUUGUUCGCAAAAUUUUGUUGUUUGUGUUCCAGAUUAGGAAUGACCACAAGAUCACUGAAGCGUAACAAGCGUCUUUCCCAGGCUUCAUGCCGGCAUGGUACGACGAGACUCGUUAUGCCUGAUUCUUUGCAUCAAUACUCUAUAGGAGCCUAAAGAGAAACAUGGCUCCACCCGCUGCAAGACUAUGGCUGUAUGUAUUUAUUAUAUCAACGGUAGUCGUUUUUCGGGCAAAAGCCAUCACAGAUGUGGAUCCAACUCUACUAAAGCCGGACAGUCAUGAGACAAUCGUUGACGAGAAAGAGGACUCUAAUCCGUCAAAGAAAUCUCUAGCUGACAAGCAUGACAAUUCAAUUUCUUAUGCUUUUGCGAACUAUCGUACGGCAAACAGGCCUGGAGAUACAGUUAGCCAGAAGCUAGAGCCUUUAGGUGUCUCGGGUAAUAAAGAUUUGUCUAAGAACGCAGUGCAGGGUAACGCAGUGCAGAAUGUGGCAGCGCAAAGCAAUGCAGUGACGACUAAUAACGAACAAAUUGCAAAGCAGAACAAUGUAGAUAGUAGUACCAUAAAUGGAGCUGGUUCUCACACAAAUAUAGAUUCUAUUGAUGGAGGGGUGAAUAAAGCGCUGGCGUUUUAUGAGAGCAUCGUAGCCAAUGCCAAAAAGGUUGCCAAGGAAAAUAGGGGAAUGAAGCAGGAGGGGGAUUUGGAGAAAGAGAAGAAUUAUGCAGAGGGAAUCGGGAAAGAUACAAGUACCGCAUUAUGUGAAUCACCAGAGUGCAAAACGGUUGCAAAGUACGUAAAAUCAUCUAUGAAUGAGACGGUGAAUCCCUGCCAGGAUUUCUACGAAUUCGCAUGUGGUGGAUGGAAGGGCAGAAACGAGAUUCCCGAAAGUGAGAAUGAAAUCACGGCUUUUACAAAACUUACGAAGAAGAUAGAAAAUGCCACUCACUUGCUUCUGACUCAGCCAAGCCAGCCUGGGGAGAGUGACGCUCUCACCAAGGCAAGAAAAUUUUAUUACUCAUGCAUGGACAAAGAGAAGAUCGAGAAGAAAGGUCCUAAGCCUGCACUUGAUUUUCUUGAGAGUAUUGGCGGGUGGAGUAUGUGCGGAAACAAGGAAUGGGAUGAGGAUAAAUGGGAUGUUUAUGAUGUGCUUAAAAAGGUGCAAAGCCGUUACUACCCAGCCCCACCAUUUUUCACAGUUGAAGUAACAAAUGAUCAUUUGAAUUCAACAAAACAUUUGAUAAAGAUUGACCAAUCCGGACUAAGCCUUCAACGAGAGAUAUAUGUCAAACAUAGAGAGAUAGUCGAUGACUAUAAAGAUUACAUGGUGAAAAUUGUCAAGCUGCUUGGGUACAACUGUGCAAAUGUCACAGAUGAGGUCCAGGAAAUCAUCGAUUUUGAAACAGUGUUGGCCAAGAUUACGACUCCAGCAGAAGCCAAGCAAGCAGGCACUUUCAGAAGGAUAGAUGUUAAACUUUUGUCGUUUAUUGUUCCACAUUUUCCUUGGUAUUCCCACCUGAAGCAUAUUUUCAACAGUGAGACAAAAAUAAACAAAGCCGAGGUUAUUCUUGCUACAUCACCUGUUUAUCUCUAUCAAGUUGCUGACAAAAUGAAACGCAAGCCAAAGCGGAUUCUUUCAAAAUACAUUGUUUGGCAAAUGCUUCGUGAUAAAGUCAGUUUUCUAUCAAAAGACUUCAGAAAAGCAAGAGCUGCUUUCAACGAGAAAAUGACCGGAGUUAAAGAUAACGACCCAAGAUGGCGCACCUGUGCAGGUGUCACCAAUGACAACAUGGGUGUCCCAAUAGGAACCCUCUACGUCCAGAACUACUUUAAAGAGUCAACAAGAGAAAAGACCCAAGAAAUGAUAAAAGAAAUAAUCAAAGCGUUUGAGGAGAGAAUAAAGAAACAUGAUUGGAUUGAUGGAAAGACCAGGAAGGGAAUUCUUGAUAAGACUGACGCACUGGUGGCCAAAGUGGGUUACGCUACAUAUAUUCUUCAACCUGAUGAGCUUAACAAAAGAUUUAAGAAGCUGGACAUUGGUGAUGACUUUUUCGUGAAUAAUUUGAACGUUGACAAGUGGAUCAGGACCCGGCUGUUUGGAAAGCUGCGUAAGCCAGUUGAUAAGUCCAAAUGGCCCAUGUUCCCCCAGACUAUCAAUGCAAUGUAUCAAUUCUACGAGAAUGAGAUAGUUAUACCUGCUGGCAUUCUCCAAGCACCAUUCUACUACGAAGGAGAUGUACCAAGAUCACUGAGUUAUGGUGCAAUUGGCUCGAUAAUUGGGCACGAAUUGACUCAUGGUUUCGAUAAUACAGGGAGAAAAUUUGACAAAAAUGGCGACAUCGUCAAAGAAUGGUGGUCAAAAAGUGCUUUGAAAGAAUUUCACAAAAGAGCUACCUGCAUCCAACGACAGUACUCGCGGUAUAAAGUUCAAGAUAAAUACCCGAUUAGUGGGAAACUUACUCUGGGAGAAAACAUUGCUGAUAACGGAGGAACUAAGCUGGCAUAUGAUGCCUAUAUGGACUGGCUAAAGCUUAAUGGAGGACCAGAGCCUGUUCUUCCUAACUUAAGCUACUCAAAUAAGCAAUUAUUUUUCAUUGGAUACGCUCAGGAGUAUUGUGCUAACGUGAGAAAGAAAACUGAAUACAUUGCUACACUCAGUGAAAUUCAUUCUCCAUCAAAAUUCAGGGUUAUUGGAACAUUAUCAAAUUUCGAAGAAUUCAGCGAAGCUUUCAAAUGUUCCAGCAAGUCCCCGCGCCCCCCAAUGAAUCCAGGAAAGAAAUGUGAAGUGUGGUAAAAACAUUCCUCGAAAUGCUUCUUAUUUGCAAAGACAUUGCUUAUGAAGCAAAGCUUGGUUGUAUAGCAAAGGUUUUCAUAAAUCGUAUUCAAAAUAGAAUGUUGUUAUAUUUUGUAACCAAAAUGUCAAGUAAACUAAAUUUUUAUAAACUGUCUUGGCAGUGAUAGAAAUAACCUUUAAUUUCUAAAUUCUAAUAGUGGUCGAAAAAUAUGUUAAUCGCCCUACCCUUAUCUAAAUUCACCUUAAAUGCUUUUUCAGAAGAUCUUACAGUUGCAAUUUUGGACUGGGUCGAUGAGGACUAAUAAGAAGUAGGCUUUCCAAAAAUGAUCAGAUAUAUUUUGACAGGUGUUUGCCAGCACAUAGAAAAAUAAGGCAAAUGAUAAUGGCAGAAGUUUGCCUUAGUAUAGGAUCCUCAAAGGAGUCUUUUGUAUGUGGGGGAUAAAUGAUUCCAUUCACAUCUUUACUUUAAUUUAAAUUUUGAUACUUCACAUCUUUGUUGGAAUAAUACGUACUGGUGUAAUUGACAAGCUAGAAGAAUAUUAAGGAGAUAUAAAUGCCAUUGUUAAUGGAGCGGGAAGGUGUAGAGAAAACAGUUGAUUGCACAUAGCUGUAUCUGCAGCCUCUGCAAACGGAGUAUAUAACAAAAGUAAAGAAGCAUAAAGGAAAUUCUUUGAUAUGCUUGUGUAGUUAAUGAAUUAAAGGAAAGAUUGUUCUGCCCGAUCAUUUCCUUGCAUGCCCGAUCAUAAGGGAAUGGUCAAAAUGAACUAAAAUGUAAACAAGAUUUGUACAAAAAAAGAGGUUAACCCCCUCUUAGAAUGCUGAUAAUUUCAAAUUUAUGUUUACUUAAAGUAUUUUGUAUUAGCACAUGGUACAAUGACGUUGUCCAAAAAGUGAAAAUUAUGUGUUAUUGACUUAAAAAGUAAAAAUAAGCCAUAAGGGACAAAUAUCUCGAAAAUUGUUUUUGUUUUAAGUGCUGUAUAUAUUUAUGGUAUAAAAAUUGUCUGAUUUGUUUAUA